AUGGAAGAGGAGGUUGCUGCCCUCGUUAUCGACAAUGGUUCGGGUAUGUGCAAGGCCGGUUUCGCCGGUGAUGAUGCUCCCCGAGCUGUUUUCCCCUCCAUUGUCGGUCGUCCCCGUCACCAUGGUAUCAUGAUUGGUAUGGGUCAGAAGGACUCGUACGUCGGUGAUGAGGCACAGUCCAAGCGUGGUAUCCUGACGCUGCGCUACCCCAUCGAGCACGGUGUCGUCACCAACUGGGAUGACAUGGAGAAGAUCUGGCACCACACCUUCUACAACGAGUUGCGUGUGGCCCCCGAGGAGCACCCCGUCCUGCUCACCGAGGCCCCCAUCAACCCCAAGUCCAACCGAGAGAAGAUGACCCAGAUCGUCUUCGAGACCUUCAACGCCCCCGCCUUCUACGUCUCCAUCCAGGCCGUCCUGUCCCUGUACGCCUCUGGUCGUACCACCGGUAUCGUCCUCGACUCCGGUGAUGGUGUCACCCACGUUGUCCCCAUCUACGAGGGUUUCGCCCUGCCCCACGCCAUUGCCCGUGUCGACAUGGCUGGCCGUGACCUGACUGACUACCUCAUGAAGAUCCUGGCCGAGCGUGGUUACUCCUUCUCCACCACUGCCGAGCGUGAAAUCGUUCGUGACAUCAAGGAGAAGCUCUGCUACGUCGCCCUCGACUUCGAGCAGGAGAUCCAGACUGCCGCCCAGAGCUCCAGCUUGGAGAAGUCGUACGAGCUUCCCGACGGUCAGGUCAUCACCAUCGGCAACGAGCGUUUCCGUGCUCCCGAGGCUCUGUUCCAGCCCUCCGUCCUGGGUCUGGAGAGCGGUGGUAUCCACAUCACCACCUACAACUCGGUCAUGAAGUGCGAUGUCGAUGUCCGAAAGGAUCUGUACGGCAACAUUGUCAUGUCUGGUGGUACCACCAUGUACCCCGGUCUCUCGGACCGUAUGCAGAAGGAGAUCACUGCCUUGGCCCCGUCCUCCAUGAAGGUCAAGAUCAUCGCUCCCCCCGAGCGAAAGUACUCCGUCUGGAUCGGUGGUUCCAUUCUCGCCUCCCUGUCGACCUUCCAGCAGAUGUGGAUCUCGAAGCAGGAGUACGACGAGAGCGGCCCCUCCAUUGUCCACCGCAAGUGCUUCUAA